AUGAAAUUCUCUACUCCAACUCUUUUAGCCAUCUUAGCUACCACUGCCUUCGUUUCUGCUGCUCCAACCACAGUUACCACUGAAACUUCUCUUGUUAAAAAAGAUGGUAUCACUGAUGUUUUAAAAAUCUUGGAUGAAUUGGAAAAUUCUCAUUCUAAAAGAGAUUUAAUUGAUGAUGAAGAUCAACUUGUUGCCUUGGCUGCUAGAGAUGACAGCUUAUUGGCUGACUUGGUUACUUCUUUAGCUAACUCUGGUAUCAUCGGUGAUGUCUGGAGAGCUUUAACUAAUGAUACUGCCUUGAGACAAGAAAUUGUUAAUAUCACCAAAAAGGCCAUUAGAGGUUUAAUUGUUGAAGGUCCAACUUUAAUUAAAGCCGUUUGGGACUCUGGUCUUAUUCAAGAUGUUUUCAAAUCUAUUCUUAAUGAUUCUGAUUUAAGAUCAGUCUUGUUGAGAGUUGCUAAAUCUUUAUUCAAUACUGGUGUUGAAUUGGUUAGAUAUUUCUUGGGUAAUAGAGGCUCUUCUACUACCACUACUGCUACUUCUACCACCACUGCUGCUGCUAAACGUGAUGCCGUUAAACGUGACGUCGUUAAACGUGAUAUCUUGGAUACUAAGGAUUCUGAAUACUUGGAUAAAAGAGAUGUUGCUUCUGUUGUCAGUACCAUUGUUGAUGCCAUUAAAAAUUCUGGUAUCGUUUCCAAAUUAGUGAAUAAAGUUUUGGAAAAUCCAGAUCAAACCAUUAAUUUCUUAUCUACUUUAUUAAGAGAAGGUGUUGUCGUUGCUGAAGAUAUCUACAACUGGUCUAAGAACAAUGGUUUAUUAGAAAAAGGUUUAGAAUAUAUUGAAAACCAUGGUGGUGAAUUUGCAGGCUCUAUUGCUUCUUUCUUAGCUAAAGAAAUUGAAGGUGGUAAUGUUACUACUUCUGAAAUUGACAAUGCUGGUUCAAACUCUCAACUUUCUGGUACUACCAUUGCUACUACUAGAGGAUCCACUGCUACUGGUUCUUCCGGUGGUGCUCUUGCUGCCAUCUUGGGUGACUUGACUGGUGAUGCUUCUGCCACCACUACUUCUACUAGAGCUAGAGCUUAUGCUGCUGCUUCUGCCACUGUUACUGAAGCCGAUUCUAGUGAUGACGGUUCAAGUUUAAUCACUGACUUGUCUGCUGCUUCUGCCGCUGAAGCUGCCUUAAAUAGUGCUGGCGCUGGAACUACUUUAAAGAAAGUUAGAAGAUUUUAUUAG